AUGGAAGACAACGAAAGGCCGGAAACACCACCCACGUUGGUUGCCGGAGGCUCGUCGGACUGUACGGAAUCGGAUUCUGAGUCCGAGGAUGGUGAUGGUGUGGAUUAUAGCAUACAUUUUUUGACAGACACUGUGUUUCCGAGUUUUGAGGAUGCCGUUCUGUGGGCACAAAAUGUUUGUCGCCCGCUCGGAUUUAUGUUAGUGAAGGCUUCUUACAAGACCGAUCGGAGUGGUCGGUCGUAUCGAUAUGUGAGUUGUGAUCGUGGAAAAAAGAGCAUGAUAAGAGACAUGAUGAACACGAUACGCAAAGACACGAAAAGCAAGGCAAACAGUUGUCCCUUCAGACUCAAGGUUGAGUAUGUCAGAGUAGUAAGUGGUUGGAAGCUCAAUUGCUUGAACGACACUCACAAUCAUUCUUUGGUUGUGUAUCCUGAGGGACAUCGACAAAUCAGCGGUCUUAGUCUUGCUGCUAAGCAGGUAGUUCGUGACAUGACUCAGGCACAGGUUCCACCUCGGCAUAUCAUGAUAACUCUUGUAGAAAAGUUUCCCGGAGACCAUCCAAACAUCAGGCAUGUCUACAACUGCAGAAGUAAUAUCAGAAUGGAGCGAUUCGAGGGAAGAGAGGUGGUUCACCAGGUGCUUCAUUUGGCCAGACAGAGAAAAUACCUUACUUGGGUUAUGACUGAUUCCAACAAUGUGUUGCAAUAUGCUUUCAUGGCACACCCGAUCAUGACAAAUUUGUUGCGCACAUACCCGUACGUGAUAGGUAUGGAUUCCACUUACAAGAAGAACCGAUACGGCAUGCCAUUCUUUGAGAUUGUUGGGGUCACACCGACAAAUCAGAACUUUCUUGUUACAUACGCAUUCAUGAGGUCGGAGUCCGAAGAAAGUUAUCGGUGGGUGCUUCAGUGCUUGAGGUUGUUGAUUGGUCAUCAUAGAGAGCCGUCGGUACUACUGACAGAUAGGGAGCUUGGUCUUUGUGCAGCGUUGAAGAGCGUGUUUCCAAAUACAAGACACAUGUUGUGUGUGUGGCAUAUUAACAAAGAUGUUGAGGCGAAGUUUACUUCCAUGUUUGAAAAAAAGAAGGAGAUUGGUGCCAAGUUCAAAAAUGGGAGGUGGAGGCAUGUGAUUAAUGCUACAUCUGAAGAGGCAUAUGAAAGAGAGCUUGUAGAGCUGAAAACCAAGUGGAGUCGAUGGCCGAAAGUGAUUAACUAUGUUGUGGACACUUGGCUCAUACACAAGGAGAAGUUUGUGAUGUUUUGGACAAAUCAGGUGCACUGCUCGAUUGAAAACCAGAUCAUAGCCAUUCGUAAUGGGUUAGAGGCAUGUAGAGCAACUCAUGGUCAAAAGUACAAGCAUAAGCCUUUGCAUCAGCUGAACGGAAAGGUAUCCCACUAUUGUCUGUCUAUUCUUCUUGGUGAGACGAACAUGAUGCGAGGGUUGAGUACGGAUGUCCAUCGACGUUGUGGGUGUGCUCUACGUACUACCCACGGGUUACCUUGUGCGUGCCAAAUAUAUGACUCGAUUACUGCAGGGAAGGGGUUGUAUACGAAGGACAUUCAUCCAUAUUGGAGGACCCUUGUCAUUGGAGCGGGUGUUGACAUUCCUGAUAUAGUUGAUGAAAAUGAUGAGGAUCGAGCUCAUUUCCGCACCCUUAUUGAUCAGGUUAUUGCCAGCGACCCUGUGAUGCUUAGGCACGUGUCUCGAGUGAUUGAGGGUGAGACGGAUCCUAACUACGAUGACCUUCAGGAGCCUCAAGUCAAUCCUCGAGUAAGGGGACGACCUCCCAAGAGAAGGAACAGGCGAGAUCGUUCGUUUUUUGAGCAUGUUCAGCGUAAUGGGCGAGAUAAUCGAUCUAGAAGUACCGGGUUCGACAUGCGACAAUGUAGAUACAGCUACGCGAUUCCCAACAUCAUGUGGCCUUACGUCGUAGGUGUUAAGGACAUAAGUGGAGAUGGGAAUUGCGAAUUUCGUUGCGUAGCAGAUUUUUGUUACGGAGAUCAGGAGGAAUUGCGGUUGGUUCGACAUCAUAUCGCAAAUGAGGUUGGUUCUCAUCCUUGGUUGUACAGCAUGAUUUACUACGACAUAUGGGGUCAACAGUUUGGUUCAGGACUGCAGAGGGAGGUAGACCGGAUCAGAUGGGAUGGUGAUGCGUGUGGACAGGAGCAUUGGAUGGUAGCACAGCAGGAUUUGUUUGCUAUUGCCACAAUAUGGAAUGUCAUGUAUCAUCAGGCCUAA